AUGAAGACAGAUGAUUUAUGGUUCGAAUUGGAUGAUGACGAUUUCGAAUGCCGUCUGAACCCAAGCUCAUCAUCGUUAUAUGAAUCAACCCGUCUUUAUCAGUCCAUGGAUUCUACUGCUACCAUUCGUCCACGUCGUCCACCAAUUGCUCUACCGCCACCUCCACCGCGUUCCGCACCACCGCUGAGCGAUAGCAGCCAACAACAUGCAAUAGAUACGGUUUCCGUCACAUCUCUUGCACCCUCAGGAUCUAAUCCAAUGCGCAUUAAUGGUAUUGAGAAGAUUUCGGCUACAACGAGUACAUGCAAUAAUGCUUUAACAAGACAAGCCAAUACUAUGGAAGAUCCGUGUUUUCUUUCACAUGACGAGUCAAAUCACGCCGCCGGAUCAAGCGCAGAAAUACGAUUACAGCAGUCCUUGUCGACACCUUGUCCAGGCAGCAACAAUGAUGUUGGUGGUGAUGAUGAUCAACCGUCGACAUCACGGAAGGAAUCAGAAUAUAGACGCUUCAAAAGUGAAGGUUCAUCAGCUGGAGUUUGCUCAUUACCAGCACCCGAAAUGGACGUAACAAUUGAUGAUUUAUCACCAGUAACCGAUCCACGUUCAUCAUCACCCAGUCGUCUCAGCUUAUUUCAGGAUACAGUAACCAAUGGACCAUUAACGAAGCAUUCACAUACAGAACAGAUAAUGAUGAUGCACACACUAAAGACCAAAUUAUCGAAAUAUCAAAAUUUCAUCGAUAAAGCAUUCGAACAUAUUGCUCAGGGCAGCGAUGAACAAAUUAUUGAGGGAUGUACUAUAGUAGCAAAGGUUAUGACAAAGGCAUGGAUGUUUCCGAAAAUUUCGCAUGAUUUGUCAUAUGCACUUUGCGAUUAUCUACGUGAUCAGAAUUACUUCGAUUCGCUUAUUAUGAAUUUUAUUAAAGCGCAGACUUGUGAACCUGUACGGUUAGCAUGCGGACGUGUGUUAGAAGAAUGUCUUUCAUUGAAUAAUCGAGAAUAUGUGGUUAAUAAGGGUUAUUUAAAAAAAUUGGUUGCGACAGCUGAGAAACUGAACAAAAAUCCGGAACAACAGCGAAUGUCAUUGUCGAUUAUGGAAAGCUUAUUCAAGCAUUCAACUGCUACUACUUAUAGACUAAUUGAGUACGGCGUUUUGGAUCACAUUUUACUAACGUGUAAACGUGCUACUGAUACACCGAUAACCUUGCGGCAUGCUGCUCUUGCACUUGCUAAUCUAUCGUUAUACAGCUGUUCGGAAGCAAAAAAGAAAAUUAUUCAGAAGAAGGUGCCAGACUGGCUCUUCUUGUUAGCUUCACAACCAGACGAUAUAACACGUUAUUAUGCAUGCUUAGCAAUUUGUGUGCUUGGAAGUACGAAAGAAAUGGAAGCAGCGGUCAAUAAGUCGGGUACUUUAGCAUUAGUAGAACCAUUCCUACUUGCUCAUCAAGCGAUAACUUUUGCCGGUGAUCACUACAAACAUUCACAAGGACGACCAAAGGAAUGGCUUGAAAGAUUGUUACCGAUGCUCAAGUCAAAAUGUCGCGAAGCACGCAGUAUUGCUGCAUUUCAUUUUACAAUGGAAGCAGCAAUAAAGAAAGAUCAGCAAAAACUUGAAGUUUUUCAAGAAAUAGGAGCAAUAGCGGCAUUGAAAGAAAUUGCAUCAAGUCCAGAUGAGGUGGCCGCAAAGUUUGCAAGUGAAGCUUUAACUGUGAUAGGUGAGGAAGUACCCUACAAACUUACGCAACAGGUACCGUGCUGGACAAUUGCCGAUGUGCAAUACUGGGUGAAGAAGAUUGGCUUUGAAUCCUAUGCAGAUGCUUUUGCGAAACACAUGGUCGAUGGCGAUUUACUGUUGUUACUAACUGAAAAAGAGCUUGAAAAAGAUCUUGAGAUGUCUUCCGCCCUUCUUAGGAAACGCUUCAUCCGUGAACUGGAAAGUCUUAAAAUCGCAGCCGACUAUGGAAGUGUAGACGAAAGUCAAUUGGAUCAAUUCCUGAUGUCAUUAAGCCCCGAAUUAUCAGUUUAUACAUAUCAGAUGCUUGGUAUGGGCCUAAAUCGUAGCUUGCUGCCAUCUUUAACUGACGAGAUAAUGAAAACUGUGUGCGGCAUGCAUAAUCCUAUCCAUAGGCUCAAGCUGAGGCAAGCAUUGCAAGAUAGCAAACACAUCGAUGAUAUUGAAGUUGCGAUAUUAAGUAAGCAAAUUGAUGUGUUCAUAAGUUAUCGACGCAGUACAGGUAAUCAACUGGCCAGCCUUAUCAAAGUUUUACUUCAACUUAGAGGAUAUAAGGUAUUCAUUGAUGUUGAUAAACUCUACGCUGGUAAAUUUGAUUCAUCAUUAUUAAAAAAUAUCCAGGCAGCAAAACACUUCAUUCUUGUAUUGACGCCAAAUUCUUUGGAUAGGUUAUUCAAUGAUCACAACUGUGAAGACUGGAUACAUAAAGAGCUACGAUGUGCUUUUGAUCAUCAUAAGAAUGUGAUACCGAUUUUUGAUCAGCAUUUCGAUUUCCCCGCCGAUACCGAUUUACCAGCUGAUAUACGACACAUAACACGUUAUAAUGGUGUACGAUGGGUACAUGAUUAUCAAGAAGCUUGUAUGGAUAAAGUGGAACGAUUUAUCAAAGGUGAAUUGAAUCGAACACCAAGUAUUAGUCAACAACAGGCAUCAAAUACAAGUAGUGGAACCCAGCAACGUAAAGUAUCUGGACGAUGGACAAUCGCAAAGACAACCCAGAAAUGUUCGGUAACAAGACAACAGCAUGAAAUGUCAAACAACCACUGUACGGCAAAUAACCUUACUUGCAUGUUAGAUACAGAUGGGGACUAUGGUUACAUCACGAGGGUACUCUUCUUCGGACAGAGUCCCAAACAAUCAUUGGUUAUUUCGAAGAAAAACUUGCAUCUAGGAAUAUUUCCAUCUGAACGUUACCAACGAUUGCAUUUUUGUUGCUGCCAACGUACUAUUAGUAGCAGUAGGGUCCUACAUGAAUCGGAACAGCGAGCUACUGUUCCUACUGUUGCAAAGUUGGCAGCGCAGAAAUAUCAAAGACUAACACCCCUGAAACAUAUACUUUAUCGGCCAGAUAGUUAUAUUGGUUCUGCUUUUUUAUCUGAUGAGCAACCGAUUUAUGUUUACGAUAUAACGAGGAAGCAAAUACUAAAAAAAGAAGCAAGAAUUGUGCCUGGUUUACUGAAAAUCUUCGAUGAAAUUUUGGUUAAUGCAGCUGACAACAAGAGGCGAGAUCCACAAAUGACGACGAUCGCUGUUAAUAUUGAUAGAGAAUUGAACACAAUAUCGGUUUGGAACAAUGGCCAUGGGAUACCAGUGGAGGUUCAUCCGAUCGAAGGGAUCUAUGUUCCUACGAUGAUUUUUGGCACCUUAUUCACUUCGUCUAAUUAUGACGAUUCCGAACUGAAAAUAGUUGGUGGUAGGAAUGGAUUCGGUGCCAAGUUGUGCAACAUAUUUAGCACGGAAUUUGCCGUAGAAACAUGUACGAAGCAGUCUGGGUUGCGCUUUUUUCAAUGUUGGCGGAAUAACAUGAAAGAUGUGGAUGACCCGAUCAUUAAUAAUGUUGGCACAGACGCAUCCGACUAUACUUGUGUAACGUUUAAGCCCGACCUGGACAAAUUCAAGUUAUCAACUUUAGACGAAGAUACGGUAGAAGUAAUGAUAAGAAGGACAGUAGAUAUCGCUGGUACUCUUGAUGGCGUUCAUGUAUUUUUGAAUGGCAAUAAGAUCGAGGUUUCAGGAUUCGAAGAUUACGUAAAACUAUUUUCAACAAAUACUGGUGAAAAUGUUGAAAAUUCCACGGUUCCUUUCUAUUGUCAUGUUAAUGAUCGAUGGCAAAUUGCUGUAGCGCGAAGUGAUGUUGGGUAUCAGCAGAUUAGUUUUGUUAACAAUAUCAGUACUUUAAAGGGAGGACGACAUGUGGAUUAUAUUGCGAAUCAGUUAGUAUCACGACUAAAGCAAGAAAUAGAUCAGCGCUGCGGUUGCGAAAAAUCCAUAAGUACACAUCAGGUUAAAAAUCGACUUCAUAUAUUUGUAAAUUCAUUGAUAGAAAAUCCUUCCUUCGAAUCGCAAUCAAAAGAAUACCUUACAACAUCAUUGAAGAAUUUCGGUUCGACUUGCGCUAUGCCUGAAUCAUUCUACCAAAAUUUCCUUAAAAAUAGCGAUAUCAUCGAUUAUUUGCUCUGCGACAUCAGUCAACAACAUACGGCUUCACUGAAUCGCUCCAUAAAACGAUCACUGUGGGAUUUAUCAAAACUUGAGGAUGCAGUUGAUGCAGGUACUAAGAACGGUUAUAAUUGCACAUUAAUUAUAACAGAAGGUGAUUCAGCAAAAGCACUCGCAGUUGCGGGUCUCGCUAUAAUUGGACGGAAACAAUAUGGUGUUUUUCCAAUUCGAGGGAAGCUGACAAAUGUUCGAGGGAUGGAUGCUAAAAUGGCCGUCGAAAAUGCCGAAAUAUCGGCUCUUAUAAGGAUAUUGGGAUUAAAAUUUGGUGAAGAUUAUAACAGCGACGAAAAAUUAAAAUCUUUGCGCUACGGACGAUUGCUUAUAAUGACUGACCAAGACCCCGAUGGAUCGCAUAUUAAGGGAUUGAUUGUAAAUUUUCUGCAUAUGUAUUGGCCAUCACUACUUAAAGCUAAUUAUAUCAAUUAUUUCAUUACUCCAUUGUUGAAGGCGAAGCGUGGGUCUGACGUCAAAUCAUUUUAUAGUACAAAUGACUAUGAAAAAUGGCGGGCUGAAAAUCCUGAUUCGGUGAAGUAUUCGAUAAAAUAUUAUAAAGGAUUGGGAACAUCAUCAGCUCAGGAAGCUCGAGAAUAUUUUAUGGAUAUUGAACGACAUACAGUGAAUUUUAUUUACGAUGGCAAGGCGUCAGAUGAAAGCAUUGACCUUGCGUUUGCGAAAAAUAAAGCUGAUGAUCGAAAAGUAUGGAUUACUGAGAGUAGUAAACUGCUGCUGUCAACCAAAAUUGAUUCAAGCCGCAAUCAGAAAACUUUUUCGGAAUUUGUCAACGAAGAAUUAGUGGAAUAUUCACAAUUGGACCUUCGGCGUUCUCUACCAAAUAUUAUGGAUGGACUGAAACCAAGUCAACGAAAAGUUUUGUUUACAAUGUUUGGACGUUAUGAACGUGGUGAAGUACGAGUAAGUCAAUUAGCGGGAGCUGUUUCGCAAUACUGUGGAUACCAUCAUGGGGAGGAGUCUUUGGUGAAUACGAUCGUUCGUUUAGCUCAGAAUUUCGUUGGUUCCAAUAAUUUAAAUCUUCUUUUACCUCUCGGUCAAUUUGGUACACGUCUAGCAGGUGGCGAAGAUGCAGCAAGUGCACGAUAUAUUUAUACUUCGCUAAGUCCACUUGCACGAGCCAUAUUUCCGCGUCCAGACGAUAAAGUUUUGAAAUAUUUAGAAGAAGAAAACGCACUCAUUGAACCGGAAUGGUAUUGUCCUAUAAUUCCGAUGAUUUUGAUAAAUGGUGCAGAAGGGAUUGGUACAGGGUGGGCUACGAAAGUAUUACCACGCUGUCCUAGGCAAGUCAUCAGUAACGUCCAAAGACUUAUUGAUGGACGACCACUUCAAGAGAUGCUGCCACAUUUUCGAAAUUUUCAAGGCACAGUAAAUGAAACUGCACCUCGUCAGUACAAUAUCUCCGGAAAAGUUUCAUAUCGUCGUUUAAGAAGCGGCCUUAGGGCAAUAAUAACAGAGCUUCCUACUGGAAUUUGGAAUAAUAGAUACAAAGAGAAAGUACUCGAUUCUGUCAUCAAAAAUGGAUUAAUAAGUAAUUAUGAAGAAUUGCAUACUGAAAGCAGCGUACAUUUCAUUCUUCAUGUAAUUGAUAAACCGUUGAUAAGCGACAACAAGCGAAUUAAGACACUCAAUCGAUUGUUAAAAUUACGUUCAGUUGCAAGUGAAAACUCAAUGAUUUUAUUCGAUGAAAAAAACGUACUGCGAAAAUAUAAUACCACAGUAGAAAUAUUUCAAGAAUUUUUCGAAGUACGUCGACAGAAAUACAUGGAAAGAAGGGAAUAUGAAAUGAAAGCUAUGGAUGCGAAACUUAAAUUUACUGAGAAUCAGGUUCGCUUUCUGAAUGCUAUUAUUAAUGGCGAAAUCACUAUUGAGAAGAGGAACCGUGCAGAAAUUAUAACUCAGCUGGUUGAGAAGGGAUUUGAAUCGAAUCCGGUGAAAAUAAAAAGCGCUGGGGACAAAAAUCGCAGUUCGCCAGAUUUUACAUAUUUGCUCGACAUGCCACUCUAUCGUUUGAGCAAUGAAGAAAUUUUGAUUUUGCAAGAGAAAAGGAAUGAACUGUUGGAACGAUUCGAAACGUUGAAGUCAACAACAUGGAGAACUUUAUGGAGUAUGGAUCUGAAUGCGUUAUCUAUAGUGUUGGAUAAAGAAGAAAGGAGAAUGUGA